AUGAAGACUAGAGGCUCUAAAAUACAUCUUUAAACUCCAUAAAUUAAUAUAGGUAUUCAAUUAAGAUAGCUAUCUAAAAUUGUUAUGCUAUUUUAUAUUGAAAAAUAUUUUAUAUUUUUAGAAAUUUAACCAUAGCAAAUAGAAACAAUAGCUGAUCCAAUUAUAACAAGAAUUGAUAUAGAUAAUGAAGACUAAAUCAAAUAACCAACUAUUCUAAAUUUUCACUAAAAUUUAGGUAUUAAAAAACUAUAAAUUACAAAAUCAUAUCCAAUUGAAAAAACCUGUAUUAUAUUCUAUAAUUCUCAGUUGGUUUUAAAGCAAAUAAAACAAGAAAUAAACCUAUUAUAUUAGAUAUGCUUAAUAUCAUAUAAUAAGGAUAGGAUAAUAAACUCUACGAUGUUAUGGAUUUCCAUCAAUUUAUGUCUUUGAAGGAUUAAUAAUAGUCUUAAAAUGUUCCAAAAUCAUUAAGAUGCAAAUGUAAUAAAUCAAUGUGUUUAAAAUAAUAUUGUGAUUGUUUUGCAAACGGAUAAAUUUGCACUAAUUAAUGUUAAUGCUAAGGUUGUCAUAAUAGUGAAGAAUAUAUUGAAGAAAGAGAAGAGGCCAUUAAUAGAUUAAAAAUUCAAAAUUUAUCCUUUGAAGUAAUAAUUUAUAUAAUUAUAAAAUUAGAAAGAAGUUCCUAUAGGAAUUAGUUGUAAAUGCAAAAAGUCAAAAUGCACAAAAAAAUAUUGCGAUUGUUUCUAAAAUAAGUAAAAAUGCAAUGAAAAUUGUUAAUGCAAUAAUUGUGAGAAUUAAUUAGAAAAGAUUGAGUAUAUAGAUUAAAGAGAUAAUUAACAUUCUUAAGCAUAAUUGGAUGAGAAUAGCAGAUUGCCUAGGUCUCCUAUUUUUUGUAGAGGAUAAUAUUUAUUUAGAAAGAAUGACAGCAUGAAUUAUUCAAAUUCAUUUGGAUAUUCAAGAAGUAAAUUAUAUUAAAAUUAUAUGAGGAUUCAUCUAAGAAGGUCCAUAUUUUUUAAAGCAAGAUUCAUAAGGAUUUAAUUGA